AUAAAGUUGAAAGAGCAGAGAGGAACAUGAAGGCAACCGGAAGAGCGAGGUCUCUCUGAGGACCAGGCCGGUUUGGGAGAGUUCCUCAGCGGGGCGCAGCAUGAGGCGGCCGGGUCACCCCGGAUCAUGGCCGCACUGAUUCGGGAUGGAUCUUGGCGGAGCGUCGCAGCGAAGCGGCCGGUCCGUAGAGACCUGGAGGGGCCACAUCAUCCAGCAGCUGAAGGACCGAGAUCGGACCCAGAGCGCCAUGUUCCAGGAUCUGAUCCGCUUCUACACUCUGCUGCUGGAGAAAACCAAUCUGACCAAAGGGAUCCUGAACCACUCCGGCAGACCUCCCUCUGAGGGCUGCUUCCAUUCAUCUCUGCAGCAGCAGAACAGCUACCUGAAGAAGACAACGGGAGAGCUGGCCUAUCAGGCGGUGGAGCUGCAGCAGCAGAUUAAGAUCAGAGAAUGGGUCCUGCAGGAGCAACAAACCAGACUGCAGGAGGAGGCGUGUCGGCUGGCAGGAGCGUCUGAUGCUAAACGGGCUCUGAAGGAGCAGGUGGAGCAGGUCGAAGAGAAGAACAAGACCCUGAAAACGAAGUAUGAUGCACUGCUGCAGCGUCAGAGGGAGGCGGAGUCAAAACUCAGGGAAGAGAAGGAGAAAGAGGAGCGAAUGCUGGAGGACAUGAUGCACCAGAAGAAGCAGGCCGCUGCCCGUCUGAACCACCGCAACGAACGCCGCUCUAGAGCUCGACAGGCAACAGUACAGAAGGAGCUGCAGACGGCUGCCAGGUCAAAGGUCAUCGUCGACAGUUCAUCCAGCGCUCCGACCUCCAGGGCCACGUCUCCAAAGAACGAAGAUAAGGUUGAGGAAGAUAAGUCCACCAGACGAGGACCGACUCGUCUCUUCAGGUCGGCGUCGGCCACGUCCCCAAGGUUCUUCUUCUCGUCCAAGUUCUCCAUCAGAGAGAUGUUUGACAGAAAGAAAAGGGGUCGUUCGGUCCACAGCCUGGAGGAGGACCUGCUGUAUCCGGUCGGAAUCUGUUUAUCAGCCAGAGUUCCUGCCAGACCUCUGCAAGUUCUGGAGGCCCAUGAGCAAGGCAUCAACGCGGUGCGGUUCAGCUUUGGCUCAGACCUUCUGGCCACCGGCGGGACAGAUCGGGUCAUCAAAGUUUGGGACGUCCGAGCAGGCUCGCUGACCCACAGAGCCACGCUGGACGGCAGCACUGAGGGGAUCACCUGCGUGGAGUUUGACCCCACGGGUCGCAGGAUCCUCGCAGCGUCCCACAACAAGUCUGCUCUGCUGUGGCGCCCGGAUGACUCCGUUCCCAAGGUGACUCUAACGGGUCACAGCAGGAAGGUGACCGCAGCCCGGUUCACCUGCGUCCCCCACCAGGUGGUGACAGGAAGCACAGACCGGACCGUCCGGCUCUGGGACCUGAACAGAGCUGCCUGUGUGCAGCAGAGGGAGGUGCCGUCGUUCUGCAGUGACCUGGUCUGUUCUGAGAGCAGCAUCAUCAGUGGACAUUACGACUGCAAGAUCAGAGUCUGGGACAGCAGGACGGUGAACUGCGUUCAGGAGCUUCCUUCUCAGGGCAGAGUCACCUCAUUGGACCUGAGCUCUGACCGCCGCAAGCUGCUCAGCUGUUGCCGUGACGACUGCCUCCAGCUACUGGACCUCAGGUGGAGCAACGACCGGUUGUGCUUCAGGGCCGACGGCUUCAAGUGUGGCAGCGACAGCACCAAAGCGGUCAUCAGCCCUGACGGAUGCUACCUGGCAGUCGGAUCAGCUGACGGAGCCGUUUACAUCUGGAACGUCUCCACCGGGGACCUGGAGACCCGCCUUCCUGACCAACACAGCUCGUCCAUUGCUGCCGUGUCCUGGUCUCUCUCAGGAGAAUACGUCGUCAGCGUGGACAGGAGCCGGCGGGCCGUGCUAUGGAGUGACAUCUGAACCAGCCAAUCAGACGGGCCCUCCAGUGGAGACGCAUCUGAACCCGCCAAUCAAGCAGCAGCUCCAGUUUUCACGGCAGGAAGAAGGAUUUGACAAUGAGCUGUUUUAGGGAACAUUUACGGGUCUUAAUCUACUUGUUGAUGAGGAAAAAAGGGAAGUUUUACAUUUUUUUGGUUUUCUAACAGACGUGUGCCGCAAUAGCAGAUUUUAACGAGGGAAAACUGACUUUUUACUAACUUUCAGCUUUUUAAACAGGAAAACUGUUCAACUUGGGCAUAAAACAUUGGAACAUUGAGGCUGCAGGAAAAUAGCAGCAGGUUUUAUUGACAUUUGAGAAGAUGUGUUGAUAGGUGCAGGAACCACUCAGCGGAUCAGACUAACAUUAGCAGCAUUCGCUGGACAGGUGUUUCAUACCUGAAACAGGUAAAAAUCCCUCAGCGGUUUAACAGAAAAUCUCUGACAGUCAGAUAUUUGUAGCAGUAAAUCUUCUGCACCACUUGUCUGAUAAAUGUUCAUGAACUAAAGGUUCAUUCCACAGUUUCUAAAUCUUCUGUCUGAGAAGGUUCUGCAGACUGAUCUAAAAUUAAACUGGUUAUUUUGUUUCAGGGGUAAAAAUGAUGGUACAUCAGCAUUUAAACAUGAACCAAACAUGCUCUGAUUGGUCCUAAACGUCAUUGGUUAACAACAACCAGAACUGCAGGCAGGUACCACGUGGCACCAAGGUCCAGUGAACAUCAGUCCUGUUGCCCAGAGACCGGACCUUCCAUACGAUGCGGCCAGGCUUGACACGAUUUAGAGCUGAUCAUUUGAGCAGAUGGAGGUCCACCGAACCCGGUGACGUUAGAGAUAAUGAGAUAAUGAGUUCUGAUUAUAACAUUCACAGCUCCACCUGGACCCUGGAUGCUUCUCACUGUCUGGAUUGUUCUGAACAAUGCUGCAGAGAGCUUUUAAAAACUCCAUCCUCAGAAAUCUGUCUGCUCUUAGCAGGCAGAUUUCCAUUUGAACGGCGGCAGCUUUUAUCCUCCGUUUAGCCUCUCGGCUCUGAGGAGGGAAAGUCUGAAUGUUCAACGGAAAACCGGAAGCCCAGAGGGAUGGAGACGGGUUGUUUACCUCUGGAUCCAUCAUCGAUCAGAACAGAACCUAUUUGUAAAUCUAUCUCCCUCUGAUGAUUAACCAAGUGAAUGGAUCUGUGAUGGAAAAUCUGAUUCUUUAAGAGUUCUGAAUUUAACCCGGUUCUGGUCUGGACCCUUGAGCUCUCCAUUUUCCAAGAUAAAUUCCCCUGAUUUCCUCCAGUUCACUAAAUCCCUUCUGGUUGUGAAUGUUCUGGUUCUGUGUGAAUAUUCCUGAAGACGGUUCUGCUCUUACAGCACGGAUGUUUUCCUAUAUUUUCCUGACUGGGUUUAAAAGCUGCUGAUGGUUAAAAGGAAGAAGAUGUGAAAUGCUCUGUUGUUUGGUUCUGUUGGACCUUCAGGAUUUAAAGGGAACCUGUGUUGGAUUCAUACAGGAAGCAGUUCAUCACCCAGACUGGUUUAACUUUCACUUAUUUAUACAGCAUCUUAAUCUGGACUGUAUGGAAAGACGUUUUAAACAAAAUCUUUGCUGAAAGAUAAAAGUUCCUCUGAAUAAAUCCUGAAUUUAACCCACA